AAAUUAUAGAAAUUAUUAAAUUAAUGGAUAAAUAUCAUAAAUUAUAUAAUAUAAUUAAUAUAUAAAUAGGAAAAACCCAAAGCAAAGCCACCACUGUAUUAUCAUCGUCGACCAACAAAACCAAACCAACCUCACGGGAUUUCGUGGACUUUCUGAUCAAGAAGCUCUCUUUUUGCUUUCUGGGUUCCUCUUCAGACUUCACGAGGUAGAAUGGCAAAGAGUUACUUCAAGCAAGAACAUGAUCUUGAGAAGAGACGGGCAGAGGCUGCUAGGAUCAGAGAGAAAUACCCAGAUAGAAUUCCAGUGAUUGUGGAGAAGGCAGAAAGAAGUGAUAUCCCAAACAUUGAUAAGAAAAAGUACCUUGUCCCGGCUGACCUAACUGUUGGACAAUUCGUUUAUGUUAUCCGCAAAAGGAUUAAGUUGAGUGCAGAGAAGGCUAUCUUUAUAUUUGUGGACAAUGUACUCCCACCAACGGGUGCAAUCAUGUCUGCCAUAUAUGAAGAGAAGAAGGAUGAAGACGGGUUUCUCUACGUCACUUACAGCGGUGAGAACACAUUUGGUUAUCAGGUUCCGCUGUAGUCCUCGAUUAGUUGGAUACCCGCCAUCUUUCUUCCAGUCCCAGCAUACCUGAUUUUAUCGCUAUCAUCUCCAUUACCUUGUUCUGAAUCCGAUGCUUCCUUUAUUAUGCCUAGUUCAUAAACACCUCUGGUGAUGAUGUGUAUAGUCACAUAUUGUAUAUAACU